AUGAAGCAGACCGCGGUCCUGUACCCCGGCGCCGGCGUCGGUCACGUUCGCCCCAUGGCAGAGCUCGCCAACGUCUUUCUCAAGCACGGCUACGACGUCACCAUGGUACUCGUCGAGCCGCCCUUUAAGUUGUCAGACUCCGGCACCACUGCCAUCGACCGCAUUGCCGCCUCCAACCCGUCCAUCUCCUUUCAUGUCCUCCCAUCCCUCCUUGCUCUAGACUUUGCGGCCCCAGGCAAGCACCCUUUCUUACUCAUGCUCCAGCUCUUGCACUAUUACAACGAGCAGUUCGAAGCAUUCCUCCGCGCCAUCGACCGGAAAAGCUUGCACUCUGUUGUUCUCGACAUGUUUUGCAUCGACGCCACCGAUGUUUGCGUGAAGCUCGGCGUCCCGGUCUACACGUUCUUCGCCGGGAGCGCCUCAUGCCUGUCAGCCCUAACCCAGCUCCCGGCAUUUAUUGCCGGCAGGCAGACAGGUUUGAAGGAACUUGGGGACACACCCCUCGAUUUCGUCGGCGUUCCGCCGAUGCCAGCGUCUCAUCUCAUCAAGGAACUGUUGGAGCACCCCGAAGAUGAGAUGUGCAAGGCCAUGAUGAACAUCUGGAAGCGCAACACAGAGACCAUGGGCGUUCUGCUGAACACGUUCGAGUCGUUGGAGAGCCGGGCAGUCCAGUCUUUGAAGGGCCCGCUUUGCGUUCCCGAAAGGAUCCUGCCUCCGAUCUACUGUGUCGGUCCAUUGGUCGGCAAGGGCGCCAAGGAUGAGGACAAAGCAGAGAGGAACGAAUGCCUCGAGUGGCUCGACGCACAGCCCGACCGCAGCGUCGUGUUUCUCUGUUUGGGGAGUAAGGGCACGCUCUCGGCCGAACAACUCAAGGAGAUAGCCGUUGGCUUGGAUAGGUCAGGGCAGCGGUUCCUAUGGUCCGUGCGCAUGCCUGCGGGCCUCGAGCUGGAACUUGACGCGCUCCUGCCUCAAGGGUUCUUAGAGCGGACCAGGGGCAGGGGCCUGGUCAUCAAGUCGUGGGCGCCGCAGAUGGACGUGCUCGGCCAUAGGGCAACCGGUGCGUUCGUGACGCACUGCGGAUGGAACUCGGUACUGGAGGCCAUUGUGGCUGGGGUGCCGAUGUUGUGCCUGCCGCUGGAAGCGGAGCAGAAGAUGAACAAGGUGUGUAUGACAGAGGACAUGGGCGUCGCUGUGGAGCUGGAGGGAUACAUGACAGGAUUUAUCAAGGCAGAUGAGGUGGAGGCCAAGGUGCGGCUGGUGAUUGAGGGCAAGGAAGGUAGUCAGCUCAGGGCCCGGCUAGCUGCUCUCAGGGAAGAGGCAGAGGCAGCCCUGCAGGAAGGGGGCUCGUCGCAGGCGGCGUUUGCCCAGUUUCUGUUGGAUGUGGAUAAUCUUGAAAGGCAGCUCAGCGAAUGA